GCUUACCUAGACGGCUGCUUUGCCCUUUGACGAUUAACCCGCCGUGUCAGCCCUGACACCCUUCAGCGCUGCAGGAUCCAGCGUGCCUGUCGUCUGCGAUACUCUGGAGCUUACGCCGUCUAGGCUUUCGGGCGAUCGGGCAUCAUGUCACCCCGACGGCUGUUCAAAACACCACUGGCCCCCUGCCUGCUGAUAAUGGCGGACCACAGCAGCUCCCCCCAAUGGAUUGCCCGAUGCCAGCCGGCUGCGACGGUCGUCGUGUUGCCAUGGAAUCCCCCGCGGACACACUAUGGCAACGCCAUCCAUCGUUAGACAUGCUGCUGCCCGGCAUCAAAGACGACUCCUCCGUCGACGGCGACAAGGCCAUGCCCGCCAGAGACUUCGCCGAAGAACUCGACAUGUAUCCCCGCACCUACAUCACCGCCCUCGACAACGGGCACGCCGAGGACGCGUCGGCGCUGCAAAAGCAGUACUCCUGGCCCGAAUACCGCGUCGUCUACGACACCACGCCGCGCAUCACCGUCGCCGAGUCGCGCUCCAUCUUCCGCAAGCGCCGCGAUGCCGAUCCGCAGAGCCGAUUGUUCGUCGUGGAUUCCAAGGUCUACAUUGGCGACGACAACGUCACCGCGUCCACCUUUCUCGACACCGAAGUGCUGGAGUGGCAUGGGAGAAUGCGGAGGCGCGGCGUGCUGGUGUUCAAGUGGAGGUGGAGCGUGAUGCGGAAAAAGUGGUUGGUCCACGAGUUGGUGAUGUGUAAAGGGCCGCCUGAUGACUGGACUUGGCAUCGAUGAGGGGGCCGCAGAUGUGCAUGCUUAUGGCCAUUGAGCCUGUGGGAUUUGGGAGCGGCAUCUCGCAUUGCCCCAACAUGAGGGCUGGGAUCAAGCCACGCUGCGCCAGGCACUCCGGGGCUAAUCCCAGCAUCACUCUCCGGCUGACCCGCUGCACAAACCGAAACGGCUGUGAAGCGCGAUGCCAUGCGGAUGUAGUCAGCCUUUAGUGCGCCAGAGCGGUAGCCGUCGAUCACACUAGCAUGGACAAAUGAGGGGCCUAAGAAUAGAAAGCAUCGAUGCUAUGUAAGCUAUUGCU